GUUCGAGAUGUUUCAGGUCAGUCGGACAACAACGCCGCUAACAGCACAAGCGACACUUAUUUUGUAGCUAACGCUAGGUCAAUUUGGCCAAUAGCGCAUAUUUAGGAAGAUUUGUAACUGCGUUAUGAUUUCGACAAAAAUGUCAGUUUUUCAAGGACAGAUUGGCUCCAUUUUGGAGAUAAUGGUCAGCGCGACUGUUACAGAAAUUAGCAAAGUUAUCGAGGGUUCUGUAUCGUCUGAAGUGCCAUCAACGGGAGAGAACGCGAGUGAAACCCCAAACGAACAGGUAUAUCUGCUGAUUGUGUAAAGUAAGGCAUUUUGUUAACUAGCCCGCUAGUUAAUUGCACCGACGUUGCAGCCUCCACUCCACCCAGGGGCGUAAUCAUUACGUCGAAGACGUUUACUCCAAACGGAAAACGCAAACGAGAGUUUGUAUUUGACAAAUUCAAGAAGAGUCAUCCUCAUUUCGUUAUGUUUGGUUCUUAAAGAUGCACUAUGCAGAAAUCUCUCCGCCAUUUCCUGGUUGUUAAAAUUCUGAUAGUUCGCCUAAUUUAUAGUUUGUGACUAGACAAGCAAGUAUAGUGUAGAGAAUCAUUGUUCCAUCUAAACCGCUGUGAAAUAUUUUCCAUAACCAAAAAUAUUGUAUUUGCAGCGGUUUGUUGCUGGUGUAUGAAAGUAAAAGAGUCAAAAACGAAACUUAAGCACGGGAAACAUAGAAAUAGCUCACAUAAAACAUGUACGGCUUCUUAGGCUUGCUUUCAAUGAGAAUGACCGAUCAAUGAGAAUGGUAGAUCAGGAGCCCAUGCCUUUACAGCUGAAUGAAGACUGUUUUAGGUAUGACCCGGUCCACGGGGAGACCAGUGUAUUGCCGGCUGCAUACAAUGCUUUUGGAUGGUAAGACGAAACCAUCAGUAUCGCCAUCUGAUGGCCUUUGGGCUACAUUCUAAACUGAAGACCAUGAUUAGUUGAUUAUUGGAGUCAGGUUUGUUAGUAGGGGCUGGGAUCAAGUUUCGUAAUGAUUAGGUUGAUAUAAGUAGGACACGUGACAUCCCGGCAACUUUGAGCUGUGCCUGGUGAUCACUAGUUGCCACAGUCAUAAUCCCUGCCUAUUUCUACAAUUUAUCUUCUUGUGAUUUUAAAAGUCCUAACCUUAACUACACGGUGAACCUUAUGCCUAACCUUAAAUUAAAAGCACCAUUUUGUUUUCAUACAUUUUUAUGAUUUUGCCAAUUUAGACUUUGUGGCUGGGGUAACUAGUGGAAACCGUUAUGCCUGUGAACAAGAGGCACGUCUGCCCUUUCAUUGGCUAGAAUGGUCCCACCUGAUUUUGCCGCCUCCAGAAUGCCUUCCAUUUUUUAUGAUAUUUAUUUUCGUUGUUACAGCGGCCACUAGAGUAUCUGGUCAAUAUAAUAGAUAAUCUGUGCCAUCCCUUAGCCCAGGCCCAGCAUUAUGUGCAGGCCUUAGGGGGCCUGGCCCACCCUACCGUACCUCCUUGCCCAUCCAAAUAAAAUAUUUAAAUAUUGAUAAUUUAUAUGACCAAGACGUGCCUAGAGAAAGACUCAUCAACCUCAGAUAAAUCAUCUGAGCGUGUGAAACGGCGCCCCUCUGUCUCAGUAUGUGUAGCCCAUGUAUCUGAUGCUGUCUGGACAAGAAGUAUGGCAUGUCAUACUCUUUUUGACCAGACAACAUCAGAUACAUGGGCUACAUAGUAAGACGGUGCUUUUUCAAUCGCUCUGAUGCUUUCUCGGGUGAAAUGGUAGUUUCAGCCACUUGCGAAUUGAAGGGAAGUUGACGGGUGCACUGUUCGGAUGCUGGAAUUAUUUUUGGACGAACGUGCAAAGGUAACCUACUUGAAGUGUAUUGUUUGACAAUCAGAUGAAAGCAAGACUGGAUGUGUUCAUGCUACAUUAAAAGGUAAUACAUUUUUACAGUUUAAAUUACUUGUCUUUACUAUAAAAUCCACACUAGAACCGCUAAAGCAGUCAUUUGGACUGCUCAUGAAUUUAAAAAAUGUAUUACUCUGCCAUUUUUAAAGUCAUGCCGCUCUCCGUCAUUGACUAUUCUUUGUUGUUAGAAUCAUAUCACAAACAGAACUGGUAUUAUAACCAAUUUUAGGAGGGCAUGUCAUUUAAAAUGGUUUUCCCCUGUUGCCCCUCCUCCUGACAGUAGGGCCUGCGCCCCUCCCAAUAGUUGAAGGUGCCGUGCCCAGUUGAUAAUCACCCUGAUAAUUGCCUCAACUGAACCUAAACCAUACCAAAAUCGAAUUUUUCACUUAUCACAACAGAUGAAAUAAAUGAAGUAAAGUAUGAUGGGGGAGUUGAGGAACGAGGGGAAGUGGACGAUGCAUAAUUAUGUAAUCACCAAUUGUGAAUGAAGAACAGGUCGGGCCAUUCUAUUGUAUUGAUCUAUUCUAAUUAUAAUCAGUCCACCGAAUCCAAGCAGUCCUAUCAGUCUACUCUGGCCUACUUGGAGUACAGUCAGCGAGGGCGUGCAUCAUUUACAAUGGCAUGAAGGCCAAGACAAAUGGAUGGACAUGUUGCGUUAGCUUUGCUACCAAAUCUGAAUGAAAACAUCUGAUGGUGGGCGAUAAAUUAAUCCUGAUGACAUCUGAUGAUUAUUCUUCUGAGCCUCAGUCUGAAUUUACACCUCCGAGGCCUAAGUGUCAAAAAGCCAGAACGGUGCGCACUGAGAGAGGAAGGGACGGCACCGUUUGCAUAGAACAAGCCGGUGACAAUGCUAUGGGCAGAUUAUCAGCACAAAAUGUUAUCUCUGAGAGAGCAGUCCCUAAAAAACAUUAGCAAAGAACUCAUCAGCUUUCAUUGUUUAUGUGGCAUUCUUUAAUUGAUGCCAUUGCGUGAAGACGUACACCAUGUAAGCACGAGCUGACAAUAAUUGACUAUUUUUGACUGCUGACAUAUCGACACUUUUAUAUUCAUUAAAAAGCCAUUAUUGCUUUUGUGCUGAUCACAAUUUAUCAAGCACACCUGACGCUUAUAAUGAUGUUUAGGCUACUGAUGUUUUCAUCAUUUGACCGCGCAUGUUGCUGACUGUGCGUCUUGGUUGUUGGGGUAUUUUUUUAUUUUGUUAUAAAAAAUUAUGUUACUGUGUUCCAACACAUAUGCUUUCUUUUUCAUAGUUAUAACAAAGAGCCUCCACGAAUACAAUUGAUUGAACACUUGAAUUUGUGCAUUUUGUGUUUUUUUUUUUUGUGUUUAAAAAAACAUGCCCCCCUAUGGAAAUCAAAUGCCCGUCCAACCGAUUUGUUCUGGUGCUGCGGCCCUGCCUUAGCCUGGAGACAUGACAUUGAAUUUCAUUGGAUUCCGCAUCGGGCAUAAAUGAGCGUAUGGAUCAGGAAAGUUUCCUCUCACGACCUCUACAAGCCAGAAUGUUAAAUAAAAUUAUAUUUUAACUUACUUUACCGGUUCUCUGUCCGGUAAAGUUAAAAUGUUAUUCAAAAUUCUGGCUUGUAGAGGUCGUGAGAGGAAACCUUCCUGAUUUCUAGGCUACCCAUCCCUGAUCUAGUGCUAAGUCUGGUUGAUUUAGCUAAUACAUUACACUAGUACUUGCCACAGGGUUGGCUCAACUGGAAACAUGUUUGUAUAAUUUAGAGCUACAAGCAUUUAUCAUAAUCACCAGAAAGACUUGUCAGCAACGUUUAUAAUGGUAGCUAGCUAGUUAAGUUUGUUCUGUGAAUAAUGAAAUCUGUAUGCCCUCAACUUGCUUUUGCUCUUUACUCAGUUGACCCAGUUGACCUCUUUCAUGGAGAUACUGGCAAAGGAGGCUGUGGACAAAAUCUGCAAGCUAUUCAACGAGUGCUCCUCCGUUCUGCAUCUGGAAGUGUCUCAGAGUCAAACUGAGAAUGAGGACUUGAAGAAGAGGCUGGACGCAGUUGAGACCGAACUGAGGACUGUCUUAGAAGGGAGUGGAGGACAAGAGAACACAUCAGCCAAUGGCUGCUGCAGUGAAGUCAAGAUCACCCACCAGUUAAAAGGCACACAACCAGGUGAGCGUUGGCAUUAUUUAAGAUAAGCCAUCCAUGGGAUUUUAGAGUGCUUUGGUAGACUGUUACUAAAACCAGUGCUUUUGAAUUAAAUGCAAACCUUUUUGAUUUUGACUGCAAUCUUUUUCAGGCUUCUGCUCUGGUGAUGCAGAAGUGAAACGAUCCCCCAUCCUCCACCUGUGGAAAGGGAGAAUUCCCUCAACUGUAAACGAGGUAGGCUUAUUUGCCUAACUGACAAUAUUCUGUGAGAGGUUUAGUUCUUGGAAAGCUGUCUGGAAUUACUAGGGGGUACAGAAAGUAAUAACCUAUUUACUUGUCUGUAUCUGUAUCACUCAAGUAUCAUUAUACACCAUUUGGUACCAGGUAGUUACCAAUUGUAUUUAAUUAUUUGAAGUGAGUACAAGAAGAAGCAUUUUAUCCCUUUGUCAUUAUUUCUGUUGUUGUAUGAUAUCAUUAUAUUUAGAUAAAUAGAUAGAUAGAUCAGACAAUAAACCUGCGUUCCAUUAAAUCACUUUCCCUCUCAUCUCAGCACUCGAACAUGGAGGACACGAUCCAGUCAGUUAUUAUCAAAGAAGAAAGGUUCGAAGAUUACCUGUACAACAGCACCUCAGACCCAAGUCCUUUUAUAGAGAGCCAAUCCCAGGAGUUGAGUGACCCAGAGAACCCCUCAGAGGAGCCAAAGGACAAAGACUGCGCCGCGGGGCCAAAGCAUUUGAGAAAGCCAAAGAUCAUUGGGGCUCGUCAGGCAAGGCCCAAAAAGGAGAACCACCUUAGCUGCAAACACUGCAGGAAGACAUUCAGCAAACUGAUCCAGCUGAAAGCUCACCAGGCGAUCCAUGCAGCAGCGGAGAAACCUUUUAUCUGCAAGCAGUGUGGUAGAGGUUUUUCCUUUAAACGCAGUUUGGAUGCACACCAGCUGCUUCACACAGGAGAGCGACCACACACCUGUGGCGAUUGUGGUAAAGCUUUCACCCUAAAGCAGCUGCUCAAGAAUCACCAGAGACUCCAUGCAGGGUUGAGACCGUUCCGCUGUGACGAAUGUGGCAAGAGCUUUAACCGGGCCCACGGUCUCAAGAUGCACCAGAUUGUCCACACGGGAGAGAGGAAAUACAACUGUGAGAUCUGCAAGAAGAGUUUCAGUAUACCAGGAAAUCUCCAGAGGCACCAGCGUAUACACACUGGUGAGAAACCGUUCCGUUGCGAUACGUGCGGCAAAAGCUUCAACCAAGCAGACACUCUGAAAGGACACCAGCGGAUCCACACAGGAGAGAGGCCAUUUACCUGUGAGACGUGCGGGAAGUGUUUCAUUCAAAGAAGUGCACUGAAAAUGCACCAAAGGACACAUGCAGGAGAGAGCGCCUUCCUCUGUGUGGUGUGUGGGACAGUCCUGGCUUGCGUCAACUCUCUCAAGACACACCUUCAGACUCACACAGCAGAGAUGCCUUGUAGGUGCUCAGUGUGCGGUAGUAGUCUCAGUUCACUCACUCAUCUCAAAUCGCACCAGCAACUCCACACUAUUGAGAAGCCGCACAGCUGUGGCCUAUGCAACAAGAGCUUCAAGACGGUCAGCUACCUGAACAUACACAUGAAAACUCACACUGGGGAGAGACCGUUCACCUGUGACGUGUGUGGAAGGAUGUUCACUCAACACAGCAGCCUGAAAACCCACCAGGUGGUCCAUACUGGGGAGAAACCUUUCAGCUGUGAAACGUGUGGGAAAUGUUUCAGCAACACUGGGAACCUCAACAGGCACCAGCGGAUACACACUGGAGAGAAGCCUUUUAGCUGUGACCUCUGUGGGAGGAGCUUCAACCAGGGCAACAGCCUCAAAGCCCACAAACAAAUCCACACAGGGGAGAAAUUGUACAUUUGUGACAAAUGCGGGAAGAGUUUUUCCUACCUGAGGAAUCUGAAAGAUCACAAGUGUUACUAUAUGUAAAACCGAUAGGCAUAGCCUCUUAUUGCGAUGGACCACACUUGGUUUGAACAAUUGUCUCGGCAUUAAAAAUGCAUUUAUAGGUCAUUGAGUGGCAUACUAACAUAUGAAGUGUACUCAUUCGAUUGAUUGCCAAGGAAACCUUUUUUGAAGUAUUUAAUUUUAAACUUGACUUGUUUUUUUGAAAUCAACUAUGAUUUUGGAAAAUGAAUAAACAGUUGCCUUUGUGGGGUAGAAAGACUUUGAGUGCAUUGGCUGGUGGUCCAGUAACUGUUCAAUGGAGCAGAAUCGAAUUUAUUUGAGAAGGGUAUACAGUGAGGGAAAAAAG